AUGAGUGACAGGGUACAGUUGAAAAGAAAAUCAAUUUCUAUAGGUCCUAAAGGGAAGACCAUUCUCACAAAUAAGCCGAGAAGAACUGAACGUAACAUACCAAUAAUAGAGGAUGGUAAAGAUGUGACUCCGAAACCUCUAAACCCAGAGUUAUAUACAUCUGGCAGGGAAAGACAACUGAGUGCUUUUGAUGUUAGUGGCUCAGAAGUAAAAGAGCCCUUUUCCUCAAGUGGUACUUUUACAACUUUGUUCAAGUCGAAAACGACUUAUCGCACAGAUACAGAGAAACAAGGAAUGUCCAGCAGUUUAUACAAAACAAGUUUACACUAUGAUAAUAGUUCUACGGAAAAUUUGUUAAUGGAUGAAUGUGAGGAGAAAUCUGAUUCGAUGUCCUAUAGUUUUCCUUCAAACAGUGAAGAAUUUGAUGUAGUCGUCAUGUCGAAACCGCCAGAGCAUAUUAGUCUGAGUUUAAAUGAAACAAAUACUUUCAUUUUACUGGAUAUUCCAAGUUCCACUGCGAUAAAAGAUUCGGAUGAAGGAAUUGCUAUAGAUGAUGACAAUCAACAAUACGAGUACCUCACUACUGGGAAAGGGCGAAAUAGAAAGGUGCUUCACGCCGAAGUCCAGACAGUACCCGUUUUAAAAAAAUCACGAUACACUAAUCCAGAGAAGAUUAAACAUCGUACGGACUGCACUUUUGCCUCGAAUUGGGAAAUGUACGAUACAUACCUAGAAGGAAAGGAAGAAUCUAGCGAAGAAAGUACCGAUUCAGAGAUAAAUGACACAGAACGACAUAAAUUAGACGAUAUAUCCUCACUUGACAGUUAUCGCAUAUCCGCUGAUGAGAGACAACUGAAUAAACUACUGAAGAAUCCUAGGUUUCUGGAAGCUAUUUGCGUUAUGGAGAGGUUACUUGCAAACAACUGUUACAACGAACAGCAGAAACGGUUUAUAGGUUUAUCGGACCCGAGUGAAUUCAGAGAGAAUAUCGAGUAUAAAUAUAAUUUAAACCUUUUAUGGACCUUUGCCAAUUCAGAGACAAAAGGCAGGAGUGUGAACGCGAUGCACUGGAAUCCCUUAAACAAAGACCUGUUAGCCGUGGGCUACGGAAAAUUUUAUUUUGCCGAUCACAUAACGGGCAUAGUGUGCAUAUGGAACAUAAAGAAUCCCGUUCAACCGGAACGCCAAUAUGCCUUUCCUAGAUCAGUGACCGCUUUAAAUUUUUCCAAGAGCGACCCUAAUCUGUUGGCAGUAGGGCUUUAUAACGGUCACGUAGUGGUACUCAAUAUCAUCAGCAGAGAGAAGAUGAUAAUCGGAGAGAAUACCCCAAAAUUUGAACCAGUUCGGGAUAUCAGCUGGCGCAUCUCGCAAUACGAACUCAACAAUAAGGAACAGGUCUGCGCUGCGUUCGACGAUGGCAGAGUUAUUACCUAUUCCGUGGCAAGAAAACUAGAGGGCCAAGAGAUAAUGCGGGUGCCCAAAGCUGACGGGAAGUUGAAAGGUUAUGAUUCUAUGGGGCAGUGUUCCAAUUUGAACAUUCCCGUGUCUAGGUAUGCGGCAGCGUUUUUCGUUACCCAGCACCCGACCCAGGACACGAUAUAUUUCGUUGGCACCAACAAGGGAGUCAUACACAAAUGUUCCAUUAACUACUUCAACCAACAUUUGGAUCAUUCAUUAGUUCAUGACGGCCCCGUGUACGUUAUGAAGUUUUCGCCAUUCAGCAAAAAGAUUUGUGCUACUUGCGGCGAUGAUUGGCACACUAGAAUAUGGGCAGAAGAUAUAUUCCAACCCCUUCUGGAAUUAUACACAACGAUGGAAAGCGUCCAAGGAUUGGACUGGAGCCCGACACAUUCAACGAUUCUCGUUACCAUUCUUGGGCAAAACAUAUUAAUUUGGGACUUUCAGAGGAAAGUGUAUGAACCUCAGUCGAUAACUCGUUCGCCUACAGGAACCAAAAAUACUAUAGUUCAGUUUAUCGACAGCGGAAGGUGUUUAGUUGUCGGGGAUAUAGACGGACAUGUUCACGUUUUUUCUUUAGAAGACAUGCCGUUUCCAGCAUUUUUCCAGGAAAAUUUACUUUUCGAUUCACUGUAUAGAGCUUUAAUCACAAAUCCACAAUUGGUGCACAAGUUGAGGAAGUUGCAAAGAACAGCUGAUGGAAAAUAGAGUCCAUUUUGCACGGGCAAUCGAUCACAAUUCUAUGCUUCGCAUAAGGCUUGGGAAGUUGAAAUACACAGUAUUGAGCACAAU